AUGUUCUUCGCCUAUUUGUGUGCAUUGUCUCUGGUGGUCUCCGAGACGGCAGACAUGUCUCGGGGGUUUCCCUACCCGCCGGACACGAGACCUGUUGGCUGUCGGAAGUACAAGAGGAAGGACUUUGCGAAUCACACCGUGUCCAUAAUCAUUCCGUGGCUGGCGGAGAAGUGGGAGCAUAUGGAGGGCACCAUGAAAGCCAUCCUACAUUUCACCCCCGACGAGCUGGUCGAUGAGUACAUCUGGAUCUCCGAUGGCAAUGCCGACCCGAAAGAGAAGGAGCUCAAGGCCUUGUCAAGCAAGGUCAAAGUCUUCGCCUUCCCGGAGAGGCAAGGCCUCAUGCUGGCAAAGAUGAAAGGGGUAGAGAUGGCCACAGCGCCCGUCAUCGUCUUCUUGGAGGCUCACGUCAUUCCGAACAAGCACUGGCUUCAGCACAUCUUGCAUCGAGUGGUCGUGAAUCCCAAGGCGCUCGCCAUGCCAACCUUGGAUCAAAUUCCUCAGGAGAAUUGGCACCUGUACCACCCGAUGCCACCGGGCCACUGGCGCUACGAGUGGAACUUCAACCUCGUCUACACGAAUCCCGGCAAUGUCAUUCGAAAUGACAAGCCCGAUCCCUACGAUAGCCCGGGCACAUCGGGGGGAAUCUUCGCCAUGCGCAAAGACUGGUUUCAGCAGCUUGGGCUCUUCGAUGCCGGCAUGCGCGAGUGGGGAGGCGACCACAUGGAGUUGACGAUGAAGGUGUGGCGCUGUGGCGGCCGCAUUGAGAUCGUUCCUUGCUCGCGAGUGGGACACCUCUUCCGGGAUCCUAGCCACAGACCCUACGACGUUGACGUCAACACGGUGGUCUACAACUACAAGCGCCUAGCGGAGUUGUGGGCUCAGGACCACCUGGACUACUUUUACAAGAUGAAGCCUGAAGCAGUUAGCAUGAAGCUGACCGACAUGGAGCCUGUCAAGGCGAACUACAACAAGCUGAAAGAAGAACUGGGCUGCAAGGAUUUGAAAUGGUAUUUAGAGAAUGUAGAUCAUGAGAUGGACUGGGAGCGGGACGUCCUCUGCCAUCCACAUGCGCCCGCGGGACACGAGAUGAAGUGCAAGGGCAGACUGAUCCCAGGCCGCUGGACAGUCACGCAGACCAUACCCAAGGACGAGUAUUUGCAAAGAAAGCAAGCCGCAGACGAAAGAAACGGGCUCAUACCGAGACACUCCGGUGAGCUCUAG